CCCUUUUUAUAAAUUUGAAUUUACAAAACAAACAGAGACAAAGAGAAGAAGAAGAAGAAGAUCAAAAUCGGAAAAAAAUGGAGAAGUACGAGAAACUGGAGAAGGUGGGAGAAGGAACGUACGGGAAGGUGUACAAAGCUAAAGACAAGGAGAGCGGCGAAGUCGUCGCCCUCAAGAAAACCCGUCUCGAAAUGGACGAAGAAGGCGUUCCCCCGACGGCGCUCCGCGAAGUCUCCUUGCUCCAAAUGCUCUCCCAAUCUCUCUACGUCGUCCGCCUCCUCUGCGUCGAACACUCCCUCAACAAACACGGCAAGCCUCUCCUCUACCUCGUCUUCGAGUACCUCGAAACCGAUCUCAAAAAGUUCAUCGACUCUCAUCGCAAGUGCGCCAACCCUCGGCCCCUCCCUCCUUCCCUGGUUCAGAGUUUCCUCUACCAGCUCUGCAAGGGCGUCGCUCACUGCCACUCCCACGGCGUUCUCCACCGCGAUCUCAAGCCCCAGAAUCUGCUGGUCGACAAGGACCGGGGGAUUCUGAAGAUCGCAGAUCUUGGACUCGGACGCGCCUUCACCGUUCCUCUCAAGAGCUACACGCACGAGAUCGUUACUCUCUGGUACAGGGCUCCGGAGGUUCUUCUUGGAUCCACUCAUUACUCCACCGCCGUUGAUAUCUGGUCCGUCGGUUGCAUCUUUGCUGAGAUGGCGAGGCGUCAGGCUCUCUUUCCUGGCGACUCCGAGUUCCAGCAAUUGCUUCAUAUUUUCAGGUUGCUUGGCACUCCCACAGAGAAGCAGUGGGGUGGAGUUACUACCCUGCGGGAUUGGCACGCGUAUCCACAGUGGGAACCACAGAACUUGGCACGUGCCGUUCCUGCUUUGGGACCUGAUGGUGUUGACCUCCUUUCGAAAAUGCUUAAAUAUGACCCAGCUGAAAGAAUCUCAGCCAAAGCAGCACUUGACCAUCCCUAUUUUGACAGCCUUGACAAGUCACAAUUCUGAAAUUGUGUUGCCUAAUCAGAGAUAGUCUGAACUUGUAUUUUUCUUGUGGUGUUAUAUAGUAUAUGCUGGGAAUUUACUUUCACGUGUUUAAGUUGAGAGGCUGACUUUAUCAAUUGAUACUUGGUCAAGUCAGUUGUCAUCAUCUUGGUGAUUUGAACUUUGUUGUAUGUGAUUUACAACUUAAAUCUUACUGUGUUUUUCUA